CUCCAGAGAAACUUUCAUUGAUUCUGGUUUUAUAAACCUCUUUAUGGUAUCAGAGCCUUUCGGUGAGGAGAACCAAAAUACCAUACAACAUGUCCGGCCACACUGAAUGUAGCCAAUUUUGUUUCUCUCCAACUCACCUCAGACAGUUACCUACUCUGGAGAACCCAAAUGAUGGCUUUAAUUGAAAGCCAGGAACUAUUGGGUUUUAUUGAUGGUGAGUAUGAAAUGCCUGAUCCAAAGGUACUUUCAAAUGAGAAGGAAGUACCAAAUCCAACUUAUGCAGCUUGGAGACGGUCUGAUCGUCUUCUUCGUGGGUGGAUCACUGGUACCUUAUCAAAAGAGGUACUUGGAAUUGCUGUUGGACUCGAGACUUCAUCGGAAGUUUGGAAGGCAUUGGAGGAUCACUUUGUUCAAAGCUCUCAAGAAAGAGAAUUUCACUUAAUGCAGGAGAUCUCAAGUAUCCAAAAGGGUGAUGACACUCUAAGUGAGUACAUCAGAAGAUUCAAAGCUCUUUGUGAUGAACUCUCCACAAAUGGUAAGAUCAUACCAGAUAAAAACAAAGUUUUUUGGUUUUUGCAAGGGUUAGGACCAAGCUAUGAAAAUUUUGUCACAACCAUGCUUAAACCACCUGUUCCAUCAUACAAAGAAUUGAUCCCUCUUGUAAAAAGCCAUGAUUCCCGUAACCGCCAUCAUAAUUCUUUACCUCCUCAGAUGGCCUUCUUUACUCAAAAGCCUGAACUAAGAAAUUAUCACAAAAAGAAAGGAAAUGGUCAGAGUUGGUUCAACUCUAGAGGGAAAGGUUUUAUUCAAGCUAGAACUGACAAUAAGCCAAGAGCUAGUUUUAAGCUGAAUGCAGGAAAUUUGGAAAGCAGUGAAGCUAAAGCUCCUGCAAGUAAAGCUGCUGUGGUUUGUCAAAUCUGCAAUAAGCAUGGCCAUGUUGCUCUCAAGUGUUUCAAUCGCUUCAACCAUGCAUUUCAAGCCGAUGACAUCCCUCAAGCCUUGGUUGCAAUGACUAUCAAUAAAAGUGAUGUUGCUGAGUGGUAUCCAGAUACUGGGGCAGAAGCUCACAUGACUAGCAACUCUGAUCCAAACGCUUUAUAUGGCAAGGAACUGGUUGGAGGAGAAAUUACAAAUUUUAAUGAGUGGUUUGACUCUACAGACACUGACAUGACUCUUACUUCCCUUGCAGAAAAUACAAAUUCUAUGGAAAUUUCAAGAUCUAAUGCUCGCAUGAGUUCUGCAACAGAACAAAGUGUCAUCACUCUUGAUUCUUCUUCGACCAUUGCCAAUGUCGAUCAGCAACCAUUAGAGCAAGCCCAUGUAGCACCGUGUACUGCUGAUGCUAUACAACAAGGAACUAAUGAAACAAGCCAUGGUGAACUAUCAAGAGAACUUGCUAUCAAGGACCUUGGGAACUUACACUAUUUUCUUGGAAUUGAAGUGCAUGCUAACAAGUCAGGACUUUUUCUUUGUCAAUCUAAAUAUGCCCGUGAGUUACUUCAGAAGGCUCAAAUGGUAGGGUGUAAACCCAUCUCUACACCUGUGGCCAUAAAAACUCGUUCCUCUUCCUUAAAAGCUGGUGAUUUCCAAAAUCCCACUUUUUAUCGAAGCAUCGUUGGAGGUUUGCAGUAUCUUACCUUUACUAGACCUGAUCUUUCCUUUGCUGUAAAUCAUGUCUCACAGUUCAUGCAUGCCCCUACUCUGGAUCAUUUUCAAUUAGUUAAACGUAUUUUACGAUAUCUAGGUGGCACACUUGAUUAUGGAAUGCGUAUUUCUAAUCAAAGCACACUAGAAUUAUAUGCUUUCUCAGAUGCAGAUUGGGCUGGUUGUCCACUAACCCGAAGGUCUACUACUGGCUUUUGCACUUUUUUGGGAAGUAACUGCAUUUCUUGGUGUGCCAAAAAGCAGCCGAUUGUAGCAAGAUCAAGCACAGAAGCUGAAUAUCGUUCUAUGGCAUCUACAGCAGCUGAACUCACUUGGCUUGCUAGGCUCUUUAUUGAUAUUGGUUUGCUACUCUCUAACCCUCCUAUUCUUCAUUGUGAUAACUUAAGUGCCCUUUACAUGACUGUUAAUCCUGUUUUUCAUGCUAGAACUAAACAUAUUGAAAUAGAUUAUUAUUUUGUUAGAGAAAAGUUAUGUGUCAAACUUGGCCUCUGCUUUAUGCCACGGCCUAGUUUGAGGGGGAGUAUUGGAGAACAAACUAGGGAAAAUCAAGCAAACCCAGGCCAGAAGAUUGAAGAGAUUCAAGGACAUAAGCAUCAGGAGAAAAUCAAGGAGAGCAAUAUCAGGGAAGAAAUCAUUCAAGUCAGCAACGGUAAAGAAGUUAGUCAAGCUCCUAAAAAUGAGGGAAAUAUGGAGACUAACAGAGUAAUUCCAGAGAGAAUUCAAACUGAAACAAAAGGAAAGAAUCCCACAAUAAUUCCAAUAUGACCGUUGGACACUAAAUAUAUUCUGCAUUCUUUGUAUCUGGUAUCUGGUAUUGAUAGCAAUGAUUCCUAAAAUCAUGCCACAAUGUAAGGUGCUGUAAAAUAUUAUAAAUAGUUGAAAUAUAG